UUGCUAAAACUUUCGUAUGCACGUGUUUUAAGACAGACAUUGUACGACGAUCCAACGACAGUUGCCAAUGGAUUCCGCUCUGAAGGAGGAAUAAUUAUAACAAUCGAGUAUCUACAAGGAACCGCAAAGAGUGAUCCGAUGUUUAAAAAGCUGGCUUCGCCGAGCUAUAGCCUUAUCAAUUUCCAGAACGGCAAACAGCUGCGCGCUCAAGAGUUACGUCAACUUCUUUGCAGAGCGAAUUGCUUCUGUAAAAGGAAAUGGAUACCGUACACUGACAAGUGGAGCGCACCUCAAGGAGGAUGUUACCUUCCAGUGAAAAUUUCCUCAAAACAGGUCCGUUUUUCCACAACGACUCGAAUCCAGUUAUUACGUCUCAGUGACACUUGGGCACUUAUGUGGGGCAUAAAGGGACAAAAAGGAAAAUUUGGAAGCCUAAAAAUGUCAAACCACAAUCUGCUUUCUAAAAUUGCUAAGUGA